UUGUUAGGUAAAGGAUCAGCUGAUGGCCGCCACCGCCCCACACCUGGCCCGUCCAGUAAGCCAAACACCCUCACUAACAGCUGCCUCACUUAAUAAUUACACCAUUACCUGGCCAGGCUGAGUGCAGGAAGCUGGGGGAGCAUGUCAUGAGUGGAGGGGUCGCCGCGCCUGGCCUGUUGAGAGGGCAGCACGCUGAGCGGCCCCGACCCUGGCAGUGACCCACGGCACCUGCCAGGCUGGAGAUGGACCUGGAUGAGGGUGAGGACAGUGGGGGUGCUGGGGGCCUGUUGGCUCUCAGCCCUACUGGCCUCACACACUCCCACCUCACUUUGGGCCGCAGGGAGGGUGGCGUGGUCACCCUGCAAGAGGGUGGCCCGGGGGAGCCGUUGCUGCUGUGCCCCAUGGAGGAGGAUGGGGCGGGGCCCGGUGGUGUGCUGCCCCCAGAUGCCGCCAUCACCUACGCCACCCUGGACACCGGGGAGGACUUUGUGCUGCAGGCAGGGGACAGCGGUGCUGUGCCACGGUGGAAGGACGCAACGGAGGGCCAGCUGGUGGUAGUGGGGGAGGCAGGAUCUGGGGAGCCCAUCACCUACAUCUACAUCAAGGGGGAGGGGGAGGGGGAGGAGGGGGACAAGGAUGGGGGGGAGGGACACACCAUCACCCUCAAUGCAGCAGAUGGGUCAGCCCUGCACACUCUGCCAGCUCCCUAUGCCUCACACCCAUAUGGGGACCUGGUGCUGGUGGGUCCCCCAGCCUCCCAGGAGGACACUACCCUGGAGGCCAUGGCUGGGGAGGAGGGACAGGAGGAGGGUGUCCAGCCUGAGAAGCGUGUGCUGCUGCUGUCAGUGGGCCACCUCAAGAUGGAGGACGGGCCCCCUGCUGCCUUGCCGGAGCCAGACUCUCCCGAGGGAGAGGUGGCAGAGGUGGAGGAGUCAGCUGCCCCGCUGAAGGUGGUGCGUGGCCGUCGUACAGAGCAGCAGCGGCGGCAGCAGCAGGAGCAGGCUGAUGAGACGGUGCAGGAGGAAGAGGAGGACGACACCAGCACGUUUGAGGUGCGACUGGCCACAAGGGACUCCAUGCUGCCUCCGCGCAGAGUACGUCGCACUGCCCAAGCCGGUAGUAUGUCUUGCCCCGCCUGUGAGGCACGCUUCAGGUCGUCACGGCAGUACCACACCCACCUGCAGAGCCAUGAGGGGCCCAGCGCCUGGCACUGCCCCUUGUGCCGCCACCCAUGUGACACUGCUGCAGCACUGCGCAUCCACCGGGCAGCAGUGCACAGCGUGGCACGGCCAUUCCCCUGCCCCAGCUGCCCCCUGUCCUUCCCCAAGAGCCUGGUGCUGGAGGACCACAUCCGCUCCGUGCACAACAAGGAGAAACCAUACCCCUGCUCCCUGUGUUCCAAGGCCUUCUACCGCCCCUACGACCUCAAGAUGCACCUCAACCUGCACCUCGGCAUCAAGACCAAGGUGUGCGACGUGUGUGGCCGCCAGUUCAGCCAUUCCUCCAACCUGAUCCGCCACCAGUGCCUCCACACUGGCGUCAAGCCCUAUGUGUGCAGCAUCUGUGGCAAGCGCUUCAAGCAGGUGACACUUCUGCACAAACACCACAUGGUCCACCAGGAGGGAAGGUGCCCGCUGUGCCCCACCCCAGUGUCCACAGCCACAGCCACUGCCCUGCGCCGCCACUACCGAUUGGAGCACAAGAAGGCCAUCACGCUGAAGGAGGCAUCCCGCGUGCUGCGUGGCCAGCGGGGCCCGGCACCGCGCUGCUUCUACUGCCGGGUGUGUGGUGCCCAGUUCAGCGUGAAGGCCGACCUUAAAGCACAUGAGAAGGAGGCACACCCUGGGGAUGGCCACCACCACUGUGCCUCCUGUGGUCGCGUGUUCCCCAUGAGCGAGGUGAAGACGCAUGCCUGUCUGUCCCCGGAGGAACACCGCAGCACCGUGAGCCUCCUGCACCUCAGAGCUCGCCAGGCCUCCUCCAAAGACACCACAGCCACCACUGCCAUCACCAAUGUAGAAACCACCACCACUGACGUUGCCUCACAGGACGACCCCAGCACCACACUCAUCCUGCGGGAGGACACGGUGCCUGUGCGGGAGGGGGAGGUGGAGGAGGAGGAGGAGUACCUGGUGAUGUACAUAACACCUGAGGGAGAGAGUGUGUCCUAUGUGAUGAAGAAGGGCAACAGGCUGUGGCAGGAUCAGGUGCUGCAAGUGGAUGCCCCUGGAGAGCCCCUGGGGGUGGAGGACACCCUGCCACACCCUGAGGACACCAUCAUGAUCAAUGUUCACCACCAGGACACUGACAGCACCCUCCUGCUGACCCCAGGUGAGGCAGAGACCCCUGCCCCACCUGAUCGCCUUGUGGAUGACACCCCUCCCUUGCCCCUCCACACCAUCAAACUGGAGCCCCAGGGAGGUGAUGAGGAGCCCCUGGAGUCCCUGGCAGCUCCUGAUAAGUCCCUACUGCCCCUAGUCACUCUCACAAUCCCCAAGACAGAGGUGGAGCCGCCGGUACAGAGACUCAAGGAACUCCCUAUAAAGUCGGAGGUGAUGGAUGAGGAAGAGGAAGAAGAGGAGGAGGAAGUUGAUAAUGGAAAGAAGAUCAUUGCUAGUAUUCCCAAAAAGCCUGCAGUGUUGAAAGGAAGAGGUGGAGGAGGAAGAGGGGAGAAGCAAGGAAGUGAAAAGGGACGUCUUGAGUGUUGUGACUGUGGGAAGACAUUCAACAAGCAGUGGAAUUUCCAGCAGCAUCUGGCCACACACAACGCCUCCCUGCACCGCUACAAGUGUGACAAGUGUGGCCUCACCUUCGCCUACCGCUCCACUCUCAAUAAGCACAUGGAGCACCACAACCCAACACCACAAAUACACCAGUGCCAGCAGUGUCCCAAGACCUACAAGUGCCUGGCGUCCCUCAAGCAGCACCACAAGCGCGACCAUGAGAGGCAGAGGCCGUACGCGUGUGACAUGUGUAGCAAGGACUUCUUCAGUAAGAGUGAUUUCAAGUACCACAUGAGGCUGCACAAGAGGGAACACCCAUACAUGUGCUUCACCUGUGGCCAAAAGUUCUCACAUGUGUCACACCUGCACCGCCAUGAGAGAGUCCACACCGGUGAGCGUCCACACAAGUGUCCGUUCUGCCCGAAGACCUUCAUUCAGCACGGCACACUGCGAAUACACCUCAAGAAGCACGAGAAGCAAGACCCAGACCUCGAGGCAACCACAGACCCCUCACACCAGCAAACCACCACCACAAUACCAACAGACGACACCUUCUCUGACACCGCUAACCUCACACUCAAGCUGGCCAUGACGGAGGGGGCAGAGACACUUGACGACCCCACACUCUUAUCAAAGGACGCUGGCGGGGAUCUUCUAGGGAUACAUGGGGAGGAGGGGAUUACUCUCGGCCAUGACACAGGGAAUGUGGACUCAGCGCUGGGACAGGACACCCUUCCAUCGGGGACUAUGAUACUGGCGGAGGGGGGACAGGGGCCGGGGCAGUUCUCCGAGGGCCACACGGCAAUGAUGGCGGAUGUAGAUGGAGAGUGCAUUGCUAUAUUUGUCCAAGAGGAGCUCACCUAGCUUGCCUGUCUGUCUGUCCUCACUGGCAGACUCUCAUUGUUACUGUUGCUGUUUCUACAUUCCAUCAUACUCAUGUACAUUUGCAUAUGUUUCUAAUAUAUUUUUUAACAUUAAAGUUUUGGAUAACA